AUGCAGUUGACUCUUCUCACCACCCUGCUCCUCUCCACCUCCGCUCUGGCCGCUCCCCAGAUCGACCAAAUCAUCUCUGAUGCUGCUGGUAUCGCCCAGACCGCUGUGAACGGCGGCCAGAGCAUCGCCUCCGACAUUGCCAGCGGCGCAACCGCCGUGGCAUCCGCCGUUGAGACCGGUGUCCCCGGUGCUGCCUCAUCCAUCACCUCCGCCGCGGGCGCCGCCGCCUCCAGUGCAGAGGGCUGGGGCUCCUCCGUCGCUUCUAAUGCCGAGAGCUGGGGCUCUUCCGUCGCGUCGAAUGCCGAGGGCUGGGGCUCUUCCGUCGCGUCCGAGGCCAGCUCCAAGCUGAGCGACAGCUUGACCACCCUGACCGGUACCAACGGUCAGCCCACUUCCACCGGCGUCGUGUCGACCACCUCCGCCAGCGGAACCGAGACCACCACAGGCUCCUCCAGCACCGGUACUUCUUCUUCCUCUACCUCGUCCUCUUCGGCCGGCAGCGCCUCCUCCACCACCAGCGACGACGCAGGUGCCAUGCCCACUCCCUUCAGCUUCGGUGCCGGUAUCGCCGGUGUCGCCGGUGUUCUGGGUGUCAUGGCUGCUCUGUAA